AUGUCAAGAAAAUUCCUAUCAUCACUACUUCGAACUUCCACAUCACACUCCACCACCUCACAAUGCCACGCCCAAGCCCUCCUCCAAUCUUUACUCCCAAACGUCAUUCUCGAAACAGACCUCUUAUUAUCCUACUCAAAAUUAAACCUAAUGAACCACGCUCGCAAACUGUUCGACAGAAUGCCACAAAGAAACAUGCAUUCUUGGAACAUCAUGAUUGCUUCUUACACUCAGAGCUCAAUGUAUUUCGAUGCUUUGACCCUUUUUGAAGGCUUUAAACAAUGUGGGUCGUUGCCCGAUCGUUACACCUUGCCUCCUUUGUUUAAGAUUGCUAUUGGAAUAGGUGAUUAUUGGUUUGGAUGGAUGUGUCAUUGUUUGGUUGUAAAGCUUGGGUAUGGGGAAAUUGUUGUCGUGAAUAACUCUGUCCUUGAGUUUUAUGUCAAAUGUGGUACCAUGUCUCAGGCUUUGUCUGUGUUCUCCAAUCAUAAUGCUUCUCGGGAUUCAGUAACAUGGAAUUUGAUGAUUUCUGGGUUUGGAAAGGCUGGCUUGUAUUCUGAUGCUGUCCAUUGUUUCAGAGAAAUGUUGAAGCAUCAAAAUAAGAUUGAGUUGGACUACAUGACACUCCCUAGCAUUUUGAGUGCUUGUGGGAAGGAAGGGGAUUUGUUGAAAGUGAAGGAAGUGCACGGCAUUACUGUUAGGAACUUUGGUUUUGAUGCUCAUGCUCCCAUUGGGAAUGCAUUGAUCGAUAAUUAUGGAAAAUGUGGUAGCUUGAAAGAUUCAGAAAAUGUCUUCAAGACUGUAAGCUGUGCAAAUUUGGUGACAUGGACGACUAUGAUAUCCUGCUAUGGGAUGCAUGGGAAGGGGAAGGAAUCAGUUUUUCUGUUUGAGAAGAUGAUAAAUGAGGGGUUUAGACCAAAUGUUGUUACUCUCACAGCUAUUUUAGCUAGUUGUAGCCACUCUGGUUUGUUGGAUCAAGGCAAGAAGAUUUUCGACUCAAUGAUUUCAGAUUAUGGAUUUGAACCCACUGCUGAGCAUUAUGCCUGUAUGGUAGAUCUUUUUAGCCGGUGUGGGUGUCUUGAGGAAGCGCUUCAGUUGUUGGAAAGAAUGAAGUCUUCGUCAUUGACAGGAAGCAUGUGGGGUGCUCUUCUUGCUGGUUGUGCCAUGCACAAGAAUGUCGAAAUUGGAGAAAUUGCAGCACAUCAUCUCUUUCAGUUAGAGCCAAAUAAUACUAGCAACUAUGUAGCUUUGUGUGGAAUUUAUCAGUCUCGUGGUAUGACUCUUGAUGUUUCAACUGUUAAAGCAAAGAUGAAGGGUUUAGGUUUGGUUAAAACUCCGGGCUGUAGCUGGAUAAAUAUUGCAGGAAGAGAACAUAAAUUUUACCAAGGAGACCUUUCUCAUCCACUUUCUCAUAUGAUUUUCCAGAUACUAUAUGAAAUUAACAAUACUCAGUUAUAG